UCCAGCACAAUCCCUGGACUGUGUUGGUUAUUGACGCAAGACGUCGCGUUUCGCUGUACAUGUCACAAAUAAAGCUAAUCUUCGGGUAACCAGGCAGUGCUUGUAUCUGUGAUAAAGAGAAACGCGUGUAAUAGGUGCCGGCGGUUCUGUUUACACGCCGGAGAGCCGAACUCAGCAGCGAGAAGCUGGCUUUCCGUUUCGUUUUCGGCUGGUGCUUCUGCGGGCUCCCGUGAACGUGUAAAGAUUUUCUGGAGAUUGGAGACAUAGGGAAUCAGGACCAUACCGUAUCGUGAAGGGAACACCGCCUGGCCUGCUCUCAGUUGUACAGCAGAACCACAAGGGAAGGUGUGGCCAGGGGUGGGAUCUUGAUUUGAAUUAUCAUUUGCUGCUGUAAACAACAUUAGAAAGACCUUUCAUGACAGCACUAACAGGGCCUCUGUGUAUCUGGAGGCAGAAGUCAAAAUGGCAAAUAAUGGACUGCUCUUCUAAAAAUCUGAAUGUUAGUCUCUGAAAAAGGUUAGAGUAACAGGAGCGCCCACUGCUUCAUGAAAGCAGAAUUCAUGUUAAUUAAAAGAAGCCUAUUGAUAAUUCCAUUUGUGAAGGAUUUUCUAAACAAGUUUGAUAUAGUUCUGACUUGAUGAAAAGUCACGGAUCUGAAAAUUUAACUGUUUCUCUUUCCACGAAUGCUGCUGCGUGCUUCCAACAUUUUCCUGCUUUUGGGUCGUAUUUCUGUAGAGUUUUUAAUUUUUCGAAUUUUGAAUAAAAUCUACGAUCAAAGACAAAAUAUAGAUUCGAAAUAAAAGAGGAGCUACGGCAGAAGAGACGGUGACGUUGAGAGCACUAUGAGUCUGGCGGCCUGCGGAGUUUUCAUCAAAAUUCAAGCGGCUGAACGCUUUUCCAGCUAGAUUGCUGAUUUGAUGUUACCCUCAGAUUGGCUCGUGCCUUCAAGUUUUUCACGGGACUGGAGGGAAUUAACUUUCCGACCUCGAGAUGCCGCGACGUGCUAUCGUAGCCGCACAGACAUCAAUUCCAACCCUUCUCCCCCACAGGCGCUACAUCAUGCAAGAUGAUGGCUAUUCUGAUAAUAGUAGCGAUUGAUUAUAUAAGUAAGAACGUCAUUUCAAUGGAGGAGCAGGCAUAAUGUUAAAGCAACUUCAGCGCUGUUGUGCAAACCGACAGUGAAAUCUUGCUGGCCUGUGUAUAUAAAAAAAAAUCAGAAAUGGUGUGAAACAGUGGAAUUUCCAGAUUACUCCACAAGUAACUAACUUGUUAGUCAUUGCGUAUGAUGCAAGACGUUCGUGUGCAUUAAAAUCGAACUGUAUUUAAUGAGUGUUCUAUACAUCGGAUUGAAGCCUAGAGGGCUCAUGGAGUUUAAUAACGGGAGCAUAAGGUUCGCAGUUAAGCAAUUACGCUGACGUGUGCGGCCGAAUCUCGACUCAUUACCUCCACCCAGCGAGGAGGCUCUGUGUUGAUAAUUGUAUCUAUGUGGCUCUAAAUAAACAGGGUCACGUGCAAGCAGCAAUUAAAACACAAGUCCUCCGCUGUAAAUUCUAAAACUACGUUUUAUGAGGCAGGGUGUACAUUCAGACAUCCCACUCUCCUGCGACCAUACAGAAAUAAUUGUCAGGUAAUUUCCUGACUCCUCCGAGUGUUGGUGAUGGCACCUGACAUUGAGCUCGAUCUCGGAUCUACUUAAACCAGGACAAGCUAUACUAGUUUCUCCAGUUCUAUUCAGAAGCAAGAGGCGCGUCUGGCUGCUUUACACUGACGGUGAUGAUCGAUUUCGAACGAGGAGGGUUUCAUUCUGUAACAGAGACAAAAUGCGGAACACCUAUUACAUUCUUUCAGGAGCUCAUGUUUGGUUGGUGCAGUGAUUUUGUUGGUCCUUCCUCGUCCGCCACUGGCCAGUUUCACAGGCCGUUCCACUUCCAGAAUAUAACUGGAAUGGAAAUCGAAAACAAGGGGGAGCCUUCUUCAAAUGAAAUGGAGGCAUUUGAAAGACAGAUUCAGACUUUGGAAAAUCAGAAAAAAGAGCUUUUGGAGAUAAACAAACAAUGGGAUCGUGAGUUCAGGAAUAUGAAGGCAUUGUAUGAACAAAAGUUGAAGGAAAGGUUAAUCAAAUAUCAGCAGUCUCUGAGUACCCUGGAGAAGGAACUGGACCAGAAGCAGAGGGAUUUCGAUAAGAAGCUGCUGCUGGCUAAAACCAGACUUGAAACAGCAGAAGAAGAAAAACAGGCACUAAAUGCAAGAUUGCUUGAAGCUGAAGAAGAAAACAAGCAUUUAAAACAAUGUCACUCUUCAACAAGCAAACAGAAGGAAUAUUAUGAGCAUGAAAUUGCUUAUUUGAAUAAGGCUUUGUCUGAAGCUUUAAGAGAGCAUAAUACUUUUUGCAAGCCGCACAGUUUUGAUAGAAGAGAGACAACAGGAAAACCUCGCCCUGAAGAACUGACAACACAGAUUGAGGUGCUAAAGCAACAGGUGCAGAUAUUUGAAGAAGACUUCCACAGAGAAAGGUGUGAUCGGGAAAGAAUGAAUGAAGAAAAAGAAGAACUGAAGAAAAAAAUUGAGCAGCUGCAAACAAAACUCACAUUACUUAACACACGGCUGAAGACUUACGAAGAAGAUUUUUUAAAGGAAAGAAAAGAAAAGGACUUACUGGGGAAGAAAUUAAAGAAGCAGGCCAGGGAGUUUUCCCAGUCAUCUGCCGCCCCUUGCCUGCCAGUUACUUAUGCACCCUGUGCACCAUGCGUUAAUUAUGGACAUGCCCCUUUUGGAAUUCCCGUCCACUAUCCAGGCCCAGCAAUUCUAACUGCACAGACAGCAAACAGAGGUUAUCAGCAGCCUAUGCCAGAAUAUUCUUGGUAUGUUCCAUACACCAAUCAGCCCUCAUCAGGUCAGCAAAAUAGUCAAGACUGCAGACCAAAAGAUGAUACCUCAGCAAAAAGAAAUCCAGAAUAGCAACAUGCAGAAUAAAAUCAUUGCUGUGACUGUUUGUCAAUAUUUUAAAACAACACUAGGUCUUUGCGAAUCAUUGCUCUGAUGCAGUUGCCCUCAGUUCAUGCACAUUGUUGGCUUCUUCUAAGAGAAACACGUUAAAGAACAAUACAGAAGCUUGCCUCCGUUGAUUGUUUCAACAACAGUAAUAGUUUAUAUUUGCAGUUCAAUGUACUAAAAACCCCAUGGUCUUUUAUGAGCAUUGUAAGAGAAAGUUUGGCAUGCAGCUAUAUUCAGACAUAUUAAGGCAAGCAACCUUGAAGGGUGCCCAGCAUGUCCUUGAUGCAGACAACACAUUUCAUUGUAUGUUUCAAUGAACAUGUGACAAAUAAAGCUAAUCUUUAAAUAAAGAAGCAGAAAUCUAUGGAGGAUGAAAGCACUGAACUUAAUUUGCACAUUUCUUGUUUUACAUUUUGUUAAGCUACUUCAGGUUGUAGUUGUGUCUUUAGCUCUGUAAGCUCUGAGCUCUGAAAUUCCUUCUCAUUAUCUUCUGGGUUCCUCGCCUCAAUGGAUGUCUUACGUGAUUCUCUGUGGUCACCCAUCAAAACGUUUCCUCCUUUGGCUCAGUAUCAAUUCUAGCUUUCUUGAAUUAUUGUGGAGAGGAUCACAAAGCUUUGCAUUGCUGCAGGUACCGCAGGAAUGAUGUUGUUGUUGUUGUUGUGCCCUUUCUAACAAUUCAGCACAAAACUUCAGCUAUCACAAGGGUGAAGGACUACGUAGAAUCAUAGAAUGGUCCAGCAUGGACACAGGCCCUUUGAGCCUGAGACCUCAAGCAGCCAUAUACUGUAUAUUAAUCACGUAGAAAUCCUGCUUUAUACCCCCUCUCCCCAUGUUUCCAUCAACGUCCCUAGAUUCUGCCAUUUAUACAGUAGGUUUCAGUUAGAAUGACCAAUUAACUUACCAACUCUCACAUCUUUAGUAUGGGGAAGGAAAGCUCUACAUCUAGGGGAAAUCCAUGUGAUUUCAGAGAAAACGUACAAACUACUCAGACAGCGCUGGAGUUUGGAAUUAAACCAGGGUCACUGGGACUGUGAGGUAACAGCUUUGUCUCUGUGUUGCCAUGAUGCAAUAUUGUUGAUCAUGAAAUUCUUUGGAUGUCUCAACUGAUUUCUAGUUCUAGUGGUCAGUGACCUAGUUGCUUCUCAAACGUUAGUUGGUGUGUAGGCCAUUGUCUCUGCUGAGACUAACAGCAGCUAGACAAGAUUAACUGGCCAGUCAUCUCAAUAUUUGCAGGACUUGGCUGAGUACGAAACACCUGUUCCAAUUGUCUGCAAUAUGAUCUGCAAGUAAAUCUGUUCAUUAUGUUAUUUUUUUUAGAUUUUUUUGAGGGGCAUGGGACUGUACUCAAAAACACUGCUCUUGUUUGAAUACUGAUUUGUUCUGUAUUGCAUGUCUCAGGUGCUAAAUGUUUGUUUUUCCUAAAUUUUACAUGAACUGGAGAUAUGGCUGGGAUAUUUAAGUUGGCCAUAUCAAAAUGUUUAAAAUACCUUGAAGUAGUGCCUCCCAGUGGGAGAAGUAGUGUGGAUAAUAAAUCCCUUAAACCUGUGGCUACCCAGAUUUAUUUUCUUUUUUUUGCACCACUAUCAUUUUGUGUACAGUAAAUUUGAGGUAAAAACUAAUCACACCUUUUCACUGUUGAUGAUUCUCCACCUGAGAUGUAUAAUUCUCCAUUCAAAAAGGGUAUUAAGUAGUACUGUCUGAGUUGGGGAUGGGAGUAAUGGGAUUAAUAUUGUUCCUAAAACAGCCAGUUUUUCUCUUUAAGGAGCAUAAGCAACUGAAACUGUAGCAAAUUCUCCCGUAACAUCAGGGGAGUUUCUGCAGACAAAUAACUGAGAUCUAUGUAAUUACACACAAAUUAGAGACAUAAUUCCAUUGCCAGUCCUGAGAUUGAAAACUUAGUUUUAUAUUUCCAAACAUACGUAAAUCAGAAAAAAUGAUCUUAGUAUUCAUUAUGGAUACUGGUGCAUGAAAACAUUUAAUUUUCAUUUGCUUAUAGGAUGACUAUUGCUGUGUCAAUAUUUUGUAUCUGCCUGUUAUUAUUUUGAUGAAACGUUUGUGUAAAUAUUAAAUGUAGAACCCUUUGUAACAUAUUGUGACUGUUAAAUCAAAUGUUUUUGGAUAAAAAAGGAAAUUUAACCUGA